GUCUUUCAGGAGUCUUAAGACCGUCAGUCGACGACCCGUACGAUGUAAUGCGAAGAAGUCGUCUAGUAGAGCCGCGAUCACGUGCUAGAAGUAUAUCCCCUUACCGGCAAUCAAACCAGCGUGACCAGCGCAGCCAGAGUGUGAUGCGCGGCACAAAAGAACGCAAAACAAGCACCACAAGCACCACCGGGGUUUCACGUACCGAGUGGUUCGAUACCGAGGUGAAUUACACCGAUGAAUUCCCAAGAAAAUCCCCCACUGACGAUUGGUGCAAGGAGAAUUCCGCGGAUUCCAAUACUCCCUUAAUAACUGCUCAAACAUCCACAUCGACAUCUGCUUCUUCUCCAUCUACAUCUUCUUCAACCAGCAGACAGUCCAAGGGAAAAAACAAGUGGCAAGAGCCAUUAAGAGCCAAUAUUACCAGCCAAGCUGAAGAUGUUACCUUGACAUCAACUAUCGACUCCCGCAAAAGCAUCCUAGAAUGCAACGUCAACCCUUAUUUGCUGGUCAAGAAAAACUUGACGACCAAGGACGAGGACGAUUUGAGCGAUGAUCUUUCAGACAAUGCUCUGGAAUUGGACGACAUGUCCUCCAGUCUCUUCGAUCCCUCCAAAGUUAAAUCCAUCGAACGGCUGCCUAAUCGCGGGGCAGUUGCUGCGAUUGGCGGGCAGCGAAUUCGCGUCUUUAAUGAACCCAGGGAGUUGAUUUCUGAUGAAGAUAAUACUGUUUCUUCUAUUCAACCAGUCACACGCAUUCCCAUUCCUAAGGUCUCACCCAAAAGGCCGCCCAGAAGGCCCAAAGAGGUUAAAGCUGUGCUUAAAAGCAUCCUCAAAAGGGGCAAAGGCACUCUGGCGCCCAAUUCUGAUGGUGUGAGGAAAAAUGUGCUUUUUAAUGUUAAUAAUAUUAUUUUUGCACCGGAAAAAUCUAAUGAUAGAAGAAUCAGCAAGAGUUCUUUGCUUAGUAACAAUAAUAAUAAUAAUAAUAAUAAUAAUAAUAAUAAUAGUAUCAAUAAAAAUAUUAGCAAAGAAGAUGACUUGGAAAAGCCUAUUGUUCCAGAAGAAGUUAAAGAACGGCCCAAGUUUAUAACUAUUCCAAAUAUCAAGGAGCCAAAACGUCAGGAGAAGUUUCAGGAGUGUAAGAUAAUUCCGGAAGUCAAGACCAUGUUUCAAGAUAGAAAGGUCAAUAAUAAUAAUAGUAAUAAUAAACGACCAGAAGUUCCUAUGAGGAACAAAAAGGUCGGAGAUGACAAAACGAUGACUGUUGAGGGGAAUAUUGAUGUUUAUGGCAAGAAAAACGGUAGGACUGAACGUGAACAAGAUGGCGGAGCGCCUAAAAUGGCGGAACCGAAGAUAGAGAGGGGGGAGGAUGAAACGAAUUUGGAAAUUGAAAUUGAAGAGCUCAAGGAUCGGCUGACCGAUAUUGAGACUGAGGAAAAGGAUUUGCUGCUGAAGGCUGAUGACCAAAGCCCUCGCUUGUGCCUAACAAGGAGCCAGAGCGACAGAUCAAUAGCGAAGCCCGACGUGUCAGCAGCAGGGAUCCAGUACCUGGACACAAUGCGUCUAAGUCUUCGCCGACCUUCUUCAAAAGACCUUCUGGAAGUAGAAGAGUCUCUUCCCGCUUCAAGCCCGCCCUUGAUUCCCUCGAUCACCAUAACAACCGUCGAGAAACUGACCUCUCACGAAGAGAAAGAAGCCCGGCCUUCAAAAUUGACCGAGUCGCCGCCAUCAUACAGGUCGAUGAAUUUUAACCCUUCCAUCGAGCAAUUCAAGAGAAUGCGUCCGACUUCAUGGUCGCCACCACCUGGCAAGCACAAGCACGGAUUUCGCGAGCGAGUAAGCGACCCUGGUCCUUUCAACCACAUCAUUGUGAUGCCAGAAAGCCCCAAGAGUCCUCAAUUCCAAACCUGGUCUCCUUCCUGCUCUAAAAUAGAAAUUGGAUCGAAAGCCGAAGUCAACGUCUGCAAAAUAACAGUGUCUCCAAAAUCUGCUCCGCUGGUCCACAGACUGCAGGUUGGUGGGGAAUUCCCAAAAGGAUCUAAAAGAACCUCCAUCCUUAUCAACGGCGAGUCUUCCGAAGCAGAGCCCAAUAUUACCGACAACAAGGUUACCAUCAGCGUAGGCGGCGAGGACAGUGUUUGCAACCCGACGGUGAUUUCUGUAAACUCGACGAGCCCUCCGAAGAUCCAGAGCUCCAAGGAGAACAGGACACUCGUUAUUCUGGAUAAUUAUCAGUCUAACAUUGUCCUAGAGUCCGCAAAAGCCAAAUCUAGAGAGCGAGACGCGAGUGCCGACAAGAUGGCCGACAAGAAGCCUAAAAUGGAGGACAAAGAUGCGCAGAGCCAAAUUUUUGUUCGAGAUGAAAAAAGAUGGUCAGGAUUGUCUAAAGAAUCUUUAAUUUCAAAAUUACUUGAAGAUUCUCUGCGAAAAGCGCGGGAAAAUGGAGAAAUUUUGGAUGAAAGUAGUGGAGAGGCUAUUUUGAGAAUAUUAAAGCAAAGUUUGCUUAAAACUAAAGAGUAUGAAAGCUCUGAGUCGACUUUGGAGGCGGAACAAUUUUCUAGAUCCCCUAGUAUGAAUUCUGAUGUGGAUUUCUCGACUAAUUUGUUCUUGGAGGAAAAUCCUUAUGAGGUUAUUAAAGAGCCGAUUUAUGAAGAAAUUCCUGAUGAGCCGCCGCCUUUGCCGCUUAGUCCUCCGCCGACAGAAGAUUAUAUUAAAGGAAGGAUUUAUUUUCCGGAGGAGUAUAAAGAGAGUUACUAUAAAAAGGUCAAUGCUGGACAGUACUUGGGCAGUUAUUUGACGGAGGAUGUAUUUAAGAAGGAUGAAGGGGAUUAUUUGUCGAAAAGUCCCCAGGAGUUUUUUAAACCUACUGGGGAUGGAAAGUUGACGAAGAAGUUUGAACUUUUGAACUUUUUGAUGGAUAAGGAUAGAGUUGUGGAGGUUGAGGAUGAAGUUGAGAUUGAAGAUGAUGAAGAUGAGGACACUGAGGGGGAUCUUGAGGCGCUUUAUGAGCAGAAAGAAACUAGUAUGGGGGAUUUGAGCUCGAAAAGUUCGCAGAUUUCUAAUGUUUCGGAUAGUAGUGAGGAAUGUAAUAUUAUUCUGACCAGUUCUGCUGAAGCUACUAAGACACGGAGCGUGGACAUCGAAAGAACUGACAGUGGAGUUGGAUCGGAGAGCAGUCAAGCGAGCAGCAGCCGCGGCGUUGUAAGACGCUGGCGAGCCGGAAACACCUCAUCUUCCUCCUCCUCCGGUCCGGGCAGUCUCCUCGCUGGAAUCCCUCAGGUCAUAUCCGGCGACGCGAAACUCUGUGAGGAUUGCGAGCAACGUCUUGAGCCACUAAUCACCGACAGCGGUGUUGUCUACGCGCCAUUCGUUUGCCGGAAGUGUUCAAAGAAGCGUGCCGAGCGUAAAGAAAUAAUAACAGAAAUCGUGGAGACAGAGCAAAAGUACGGAAGGGAUUUAAGAAUUAUUUUAGAAGAGUUUCAUCGACCUAUGUUACGUGCUGGUCUUUUAACGCAAGAACAAUUGUCUGCGAUAUUUCUCAACGUAGAAGAGUUACUUGAGCAUAAUCUACUACUUGCUGAGAAAUUGAAAGACGCCGUCGAGCUCAGUCAAGUCUCUGGAGACGAAGAUUUAGUGACAGUAGAUGUUGGGAAAAUUUUCCUCGAGUCGGAAAGAAUGCUCCAUGCAUUCGAAAGUUACUGCACCCGACAAGGCGGCGCGAGCUGUCUGCUCCAGAACUUAGAGAAAGAAAAGGAACUGCUGAGAAUAUUCCUAAAAGUUUCGCAAAUGGAGAACACCGUUCUGAGACGCAUGAACUUGAAUUCUUUUCUCAUGGUACCUGUUCAGAGGGUCACUAAGUACCCUUUGUUACUCGCUCGUCUCCUUAAAGCGACGCCUUCUGUCAGGAUUGACGUCCUGGAAGCGAGAAAGAGGCUGGAACAGGCACGGGCCAAUAUUGAACUUCAUUUAGAGCACAUGAAUGCUGAAGCCAAAGAUGUGACAUCAACAAAACUCUGGCGCAGGAUUUCAAUAAUCCAGAAUGGCAGAAGGUCUAAUGGCGAACACGAUAUGGUCAAUAUUAAAUUACGCAAGAUGGCUGUUGAAGUUCUUGAAUGGGCACACGAAGAAGCGCGUUUUGUUUUGGAGGGCCGUCUUCUCGUUGCUCAACCGACCGACAAUAAUUGGCGGAGAGGAAGAACUGUUAAAUUAGCACCUGUCAUUGCAAUGCUUGUUACUAACGGAAAGUCCAAUACGGAGUUUGUCGAUUUGAAUGACGACUCGUUGUUCCCGAGACAGAUCGGCAUCAAAGAAGCGACUUUGUUGCUGAAGAUGGUGCAAGAACAAAAAGAUGGUGUAGAACACUCCAAGCGCAUGCGCAGUCACUGGGCGCCUGGCGAAGACGUCGAGGAGCUCUUCCGAACAUUAUGAUAUGUGGAGUAGCAAGAAGUUAA